CUGCAGUCUCACACCACCUCCACAUCACCUCUCACAUACCAUAUCCCACGCGAAUGGAACAACGGCGACAUCUCUGCUUCCAUGAAUUCAGACGUCCAUCUUCCUAGAGACCUCUGUGCAUAUGCUGCCAAUGACGGCCUCAGAGCCCAUGCGCAUACCCAUACCCACAGGCACAACUGCGUGUGGAUGAAGCAGAGAUUAUAGCAUGACGCAGCCACCCAAUCGUGCCAACGGCCCCACCGUCGGACCCAACAAUGUACUCAUACCACCUUCGCGAUCAGCCAAAGAUGGAGGAUCCCUCGCCGCGACAUCCUUCAUCACCGCCAAACCCGUACAAUCCUACACGAGACCCGCGCCUGGCAGUUUCACAUCGGAGCUGAAAAGCUUCAACUCGCGACUGGAUCUGGGGCAGUAUGCUGGGGGUGGGACGGGGCUUGGCUUCACCGCAGAAGAAGGCGGAGCGCUGGAUGGAGUCUCGAGCGAACAGCGACAGGCAGAGUUCCGUCAAGAAAUCGAGAAGCAGACGCGACUAAAAGCUGGUACGGAGAAUUUGUUGGAGGCGCUGAACAGCAAGAAUGCCAAGAAGAGUCGAGACCAGCGUCUGGCGGCAGAGAGCCAGCUCAACAGCUCCAAUCGAAAGAUUGCGCAGCUAAAGUUGGACUUGGAGGCAGAGAUACAGCGGAGUAAAGUCGAACCGCUCAGUCCGAAGGGGAGGCUUUCCCAGCUGUUUCGUCCUUUACUACAUCGCGAGAACUCGAAUUUCUCCGAGGAUGGACAAGAGGUAGAGCAGCAACAUGAUCCGGAGCUGGAGUCGCCUACCUAUAUUCUUGCCGAGAUACUGCAAGCUCUGGAAGCAGAAAACAUGUUGCCCGACUACUAUGUCAACCACGCUAACGACCUGGUUGAACUUUUUCGACGGCAUCCUACGCUAAAGUACGACCUCGCGUGGUCAAUAUUCGGCAUAAGGAUCCAGAUCAUGUUGCUCAGCGACAGUAGAGAAGUGGUCGCUGCGGGUUACCGAGUAAUACGAUAUGCCAUCACGGACCGAAAGUCGUUGCAGACGAUUCGUGCACUUCAUACCGAUUACUUGGUCAUCCUAUCGCUCAUAAAAGAGAGCAAGGCUCGUGUAGAGCGAGAGCAGGCACUAAAGUUCAUACGAGCUUUUCUCGAUGUCAAGGAUGGCGUUCGGGAAAUACAUCCUGCCGUAGCGCGUGUUGUUGUGGCUGUUGCUGAUCACUCGGACGAUCAACUACGAAGCAUAGCCAUCCUGACGCUUGCGGAAAUUCUGUUGAAGGAUCCCAUGCUGGUAGUGAACGCAGGUGGCAUCAGUGUCCUAUCUGAAGCCAUGGGAAACGGAGUUUACCGCGCACCCGAAACAUUGCUAGGGCCUCUGCUGCACCUCAUGGACUUGCCUGCCCGGAGAGGAGUGCUUCGGUCUGGCUUCGAGUUCAGCUCUGCAUUUGCGACGUUCACAGAGCCGCAUUUCUCUCAUGCUUUCGAAGACCGUCUUGUGGCCAGUUCGAGAGUAAUUGCAGGUAUGUUCAAGAGCUGGCCGGGUUUGAUGACGCUCUCCUUGCACGACUUCUUGCCAGUCAGGUCCGUAGUGUCGUCGUUGUACCUUACGGACGUCAGAGUUCGAACAGCAACUCUGGAUCUGUUGAUGGACAUCUUGCGAAUCGAGAAGAGAUCAUGGUCGACACCUUUCAUUGGAGGCCGGAGACUGACCACGUAUGGACGUGUGGUCAAUCUGAAAGAUAACCGGCCACCAGCAUCAGACAAGAAGCAGGACGAAAACAGCAGUCAGAAACGUAAUCUUGUACACCACUUCACUGCAGUCGCGCUCGCAGCACUUCUCCGACAGGGACUUAUGCAGGCUUUGAUCCACGCAGAGCGCGACUCGCCCACAGAUGCGCUCAAGCGACGGACAAGUCUUUUGGUAGCAGAGAUACUCAAGAAAGCAAGCGAGCUGCUACCCACGUCUUGGAGUGCAGAUCUACAAGCUAUGCCUGGCCUCUUCGAAACAGCAUUGCGAUUCGACACCGAGGAUCGUUACAAAGCACUGUCCACAGUCUAUCAGAUUGAUAAGGUCAAUUUAAGGAUGUGGCGAUCAGAUCCGACGACAAUUACACAGCCGAAGUACGACGAGACAGAGGGUGCCCGCGCUAGAUCGGCCUCCAAGACCCAAGUCAACGCCAACAUGGAUGAGGUUCAGUUCCGAGCGAAGAUGCUGGAGACUGGCGUUCUUAGCACAGUGAACUACACGAAGUGGGACUGGAACAUCAUACUGGAGCUAAUCGAAGGCCCCCUCAGCAAUCCAAAGCUGCUCUUCGAGGCGACAGAAAAGUCCAAGUUCGUGCACAGGCUUCUGAAGUUUCUGCGACCAUUUCAGCUUCGCUUCUCAGAUGCUUCGAACACAAAGGCGAACCAAAGAUAUGUCAAAAUGGCGACAACUCUCGUCAAGACUUUGCUCACGACCUCCGAAGGCGCCGGGUAUCUUGUCAACAACAAGACCAUUAGACAGCUCGCUGAAUGCCUAGCGCAGCUGGACUCUGCAAGUGGUAUCACGGCAAAGAAUCCAAUGUUCUCGCCUGAACGUCUUUCCGAUACUCUCGUCGGCGGCUACUUUGCUAUGCUGGGGGUCAUGUGCAGUGAUCCAAAAGGUCUGCAGAUUCUGGAGCGAUGGCACAUUAUCAACAUGUUCUACCACAUUGUCGAGCUGAAGAAUCGAGAUGACCUGAUCAGAUGCCUCCUCACCAGCUUGGACUACACGCUUGACAGCCAUCCUCGAAUCAUCCUUUCGAAAGCAAUGAUUGCAGGGUCGAAGCACAUGCGCAUCAUGGCCACGAAAAUUCUACGACCAUAUGCCGCUCAAUCCAUUGAAACCACAUCGACUUUAGGUGGCUGUGCUGCUGAAUGGGCCAUAAAGCUUCUGGUCAGCCAACUUUACGAUCCAGAAAUCGAAGUCUGCGAAGUGGCGAUCAAGAUCUUGGAAGAGGCGUGCAAUGAUAUUCGUUCGCUCGAGUAUGUUGUCAAAUGUCGCCCAGCUCUUGAUCAUCUUGGCGAAAUCGGCGCGCCGCUACUCCUCCGCUUCCUUAGCACAUCUGUGGGCUAUCACUAUCUGGACGGUCUCGACUACAUCACACGAGAAAUGGAUGACUGGUUCCUGGGCCGGAACGAUAGCUACGUGACAGUUGUCGAAGCCAGCCUCGCGCGUGCAUUGAAUGACUCACAAGAGAAGUCGCAGCAGCAGGCGGGAGUGCUGGACGAUGCUCUGACGCCGCACGACUUUGGCUAUGUUCCUCCUCACUUCUACCGCGAGCUUACUCGUACAGCAGAAGGAUGCGAAUUGCUCAAAGCCAAGGGUCAUUUCGAGGAGUUCGCAGCGACCAUCCAGGACUUCGCCACGGAAGAAGAAGACCCAGAAACGAUCCUCAAAGUCAAAGGUUGUCUCUGGGCAGUAGGCAACGUAGGCUCAAUGGAACUGGGCGCGCCAUUCCUUGAACGAACAGAUGUAGUCAAAUACAUCGUCCAAAUCGCAGAGACAAGCCAAGUCAUGACCCUCCGUGGCACAGCCUUCUUCGUCCUCGGCCUCAUCAGCAGAAGUCUUCACGGACACGAAAUCCUAGCCGAACACGACUGGGACGGAACCAUCAACGUCAUGGGCGAAAGUCUCGGCUAUGUCUUACCACUCCACUUCGAAAAGCUCUUCAGCAUACGACCAUUCUCCGCCUCCGAUCAGCCUAACACCGCGCUGCUUCGAAAUCGCCCAGGCAAAAUCGAAGAUCAGUCAGACCCUACGAACCAAGCGAUUCUGGACAGCAUCACGAAACUCGGAAAUACUGUACUCAUGAACAAAGCUCUUGCGGAACUGAAUGCUUUUAAGCAUAAGAAGGCUUCGGGCUUCCAGAGUCCUGCGUUGUUCAGGAAGGUUAUGGUUCUGUUGAGUAGUCAUGCCUAUCGUAUUCCGCAGUGUAGGUUUGUUAUUGAUCUUUUUGAUAAGCGUGUGCUGAGGAGGAUUGUGCUUGAGGAGGAAGAAGAUGAAGAGGAGGAGGAGGAGGAGGAGGGGGAAGGGGAGGAGGAGGAAGAGGAUAGUAGCGAGGAUGAUGACGAGGAGGAGGAUCCGAAAGAGGCGGGAGUUUGAUGGAUAUAGCGGAGUUGUGGACUUGGGAUGGUUUUUUGAAGGCAAGGGAACGGCGCGCGCUGUUUGCGUAAACGGGAAUGGGAAUGAUCAUGACAUGGACGAUGGAUGGAUGGAGUAUGUAUUACCUCUUCGCGCGAUUCUAAACGAUGACAAGUUCAAGUCUCG